AUGUCCUUCGAAAUUGACCUAGGAACGACCACUCUCAAUUUCUUAGGGUCGAACCUAGGCCUCACUCAAUGUGCUACAGCUCUGAUUCUCCCUCCCAACGAAGCUUCUGACUCGAUAGACACCACAGAAAUAAAGAAACAGCUUGAAAAAAGAGAAUUGUGGGUGGACCAAGUUCCAGAGCUCAAAGUCCAUAUCUAUGUCGGUGUGGGGCCUGAUCUUGCCCGUCCUGCCUCGACGUUCGUCUCGCAUAUUGGAGAGAUUUUCUGUCAUUCAAAGCUUUGGUUAGAUCUAGGUCUCAACGUUCUUUUCAAGAGCUGCGAUCAUGGCGAUAAUUCGACAAGGUUUCAGCUAUCUUUCGGACUGCGCAGAACAACAAAGCAUCAGACCACGAAAAGGUCGCGGAUACCGGUUAAGUUGCGAAGCACGCAUGAUACUAUUCCUCCGGACGGAAUUCCGAUUGCUCAAAUUUCUACGAUCUAUAUUUCCCUGGAAUUUACUCGGUGUAACGAAAGAGUACAGCGGGAUAUGACUAGUUCUACAGUGUCUGGAGGUCUGUUUACAGAAUUAUUGGAGGCUAAUAUUCCAUUGGAUAGUUUUGCAAAUGACGAGAUUGGUGCUUGGAUAUUUGCAGAACCAUUCCAAGGCCUGGAGGAAUUAUACCAACUUUCCUUGCCCUCUCCUGAGCGCUAUCCACAGCUGCCGGAGAGCCCAAAUAACUACUCCGAGGAGUUCCAUACGUUGUUUGACGUUGGUUUUCGCAAUAUCAUAGCCGAAAAUCAACGAGCAGACAAGGGGACCAGGGCAACUAAAAGCGAAGAUUCCAAAUCUCUCUCAACAGUUUUCCCUGCUGUCUUUAGCCUUGGAUACCGCGAGACCAUGAACGAACGAUUGCAAUUCAUCCCAUGCAUAGCGAGCUCCAUCGCAUCUAUACUCGAGAUAUCCAAGAACUCAAAACUGCGAGAAAAGCGAGACAAGUUGAAAUCGUCCCGCCAUCUUCAUUAUCAGACCCAACCCAACUCGUCCGCUGCAGGAGACACAUCUACUGUGAGAACAGCAUUAAAGCAGUCCCUUUGGCGAAUCGCUCAGAAACAACUCCAUAAACCCGGAGCAUCGAAGAACCUGAGUCCUCUGGGACGCACAUCCGCUGCAGAUGAACGCUAUCCAACACCAGAUUACACUACCCUCUUGGACGACGAGGACGACGAGGACGACGAUACCGAUUCCAAUGAUUCGGAUUACUACCUUGGAACAGAUAUAGAUGAACUAGAAUUUGAGUCCUUGGAAGAACCACAGGAGCGAAAUACCAAAGACGAGGAAGAAUCGAUCCUUUCCAUCACGGAGGAUUACACGAACUUAUCGAUCGACAUGCUCGAUAGUAAGGCCGACGAGAACGAAGAAAUGGACUUCGAUGAGCCAAAGUUAGAGGAUAUAAAACGCGCAGACCAACAUACUAGAUUUUUCAUACCAUCGCCAGCUUCUGGAAACUACUCUUCCCAUACGAUUCCUCAGAGUGAUAGUGAGAUGCUUACAUCGGACUGUGUCGAGGAAUAUAUGGAUUUGGCGGGACAGAAUUAUCCCCCCACGAUCGCUGUCUCUGUUGAACCAAGGCAAAUUACCGAGGACUUUGAUGAUAUGUUAUGCUAG